GAACCACACAGAAACAAUAAGAAGCAAACUCAAGGAAAUCAACCGGUUAAUAGAAGUUCAGGACAAAGAUAGUGGAUUUAUAAAUCGAGAUCUCAAAAAUGUUACAUAUGAUAUCAAAUUUUUGUAAGGUAGUUCUAAAAGUUGAGUGAUUUACCCGUUAUCCUCGCCAGAUAAGCGUUCUGGAUUGAAAAGUGUUUUUUUAGUCUACUAGCACGUUUUAACUUGCAAAGCGCACUAGUUAAAAUUUUACUUUGUAAUCACUGUUCAGUGGUCAUGGAUGCUAAAAAAAUACAGGCUGAUACAAACACAUUUUUUGGCCGAUUUUCGCAGAUUGUUGAAGAGGCAUUUGGUACUACUGAACGAACAACAUACAGUCCUGAUCUAACGGAGUUAAUGAAAGAAGGUGAAAAACGGAGAAACUGGGCGGUGAGCAUUUUGGCACAACUUGAAAAUGUGAUUCAACCGAAUCCAGCCCUACGAAUUGAAGAUCUUAUACUUAGAGGAAUGAAUAGGGAGAAAGUUCGCCUGAGUGCUAAUGAACAAUUAGGUGAAAGUAUGGAUCGUAUUAGUAGCCUAAUUAGUAAAAACUCUAACUAUGGUUCACCAGGUGAGGCACUUAAGAAAUGUGCAAUGGCCCAAAUAGAAAUUGGACAAUCUGAAAGAAAAUUGCAAGAAACCGUCUCUUCAGAAUACAUCACAUGGUUACGCAGUUACAUAGCAUCUGAAGCCAAAUUAGCAAAACAAGAACGAGACAAAUUGGAAAAUGCUCGAUUAGAUUUAGAUCGUAUUAAAACAUCAAAAAAACGUGCGAAAAAUGGCAAACAACAUGUAUUUGAACAAUCGUUGAAAGAUGCCGAAUCAGCAUUCAAUUUUCAGUGUGAAACUACUAAGCGUUGUUUACAAGAAAGCAUAGACAAAUUUGACUCACAAAAAGAAGAGCUGAGAAAACUUUUAAAAGCUCAAUCGGAACACUUUAAAGCAUGUUCAGAUGCAGUGGAAUCGGCAUUACGUGCGAUUUAAAAAAAAAAAAUCCGGGAACUCAGACUAAUUCAAAAAAAGAGUGAAAACGAUAAGGAUCCUCUAUUCAUAAUAAUAAUAAUAGUAAAACGAAUGAAUUUCUGAUAAUAUUCUUCAACAUUUGCAUCAUUUUACCAUUUCGUAUUUACAAGCUACUUAUAUUUUUACUUAAAUAUCUGUGAUACAUUUAGAAUGUUUUUUUUUGAAUGUUACUUUUUCAUACAUUUUUUUCCUUAACAAUUACUUUUGUUGUUUCAUACGUAUAAAAAGAAAAAAAAGGAAGAAUAAAUGUUGAUUUCUUUCGC